AUGCUCCUGAACGCCACCAUCCCCCUAUCGGUGGACUUCAGUACUCCAGAGGACUUCCUCAUCUUCAUCUUCCACAUCCUGUUCGCCACCAGCGCGGUGCUGGUCGCCGGCUCCGUGGUGAUCGGCAUCGCCUCUACCCGGUCACUGCGAGGCCAGAACCGUUUCAUAUUCAUGCUGAACACCAGCAUCAGCGACACCCUGACCGGCUUCUCGGUCUACUACCUCGGUCUCUUCGACGUCCAGGAGGGCUACCCCUCCAGGAACGGCACGUUUUACAUAUUACCCUCGUUCCUGGGGGUGAACAUACUGACGUUCCUCUUCGCCCAGUUUGACCGCUACUUCGCCGUGUGUCACCCGUUCUUUUACAACCGCUACGUCGCGCGGUGCGUGGUGAUCGGGAUUUGCGUGUUCUGUUGGGUGUACACUUACACCAUCCUCACGGUGCAGAACUUGGUGCCGAUUUCUAGAGCGGCCCAGAUUAACGCGUUCGGGGUGAUGACGCUGCAGGUCAUAGUUGUAGUCAAACUGAUGAUGACCAUUAAACUGUACAUCAUCGCCAGGAAUCACCUGACCAGACAGGCGCCCAGUGCGGACAGAGAUAGCAAGAAAGAGUCGCUGCGCAUCAUUGUGUUCGUGGUCAUCUGUUUUCUUGCUCUGUGGUGUCCGUCUUUUGUCAAUAUCAUCGUCAGACAGAUGACCAGUAACGGCCUGAGGUUCAGGAAUGAGGCCACUAACGUGUUCGCCAUCAUGGCACGGUUAAAUGCGCUGGUCACCCCAGCUCUGUACAUCUGGGGCAGUCCUUCACUGAGGGGGGCAGUGCGGAGGAGGAUCUGCCCCAGGAAGGCAAGGUCAGUCCCUGUUCAAACUGUUCAAACAGGCUCUAAAGAUGUCUGAAAAGGUUUCAAGGUUCAUUAACACUAGAAUUUCUAGAAACACAACCAAAGACCAAAAAGUGAUUUUAAUAUAGACU